UGCAGUUGCUCCGCAGCUGCCGCGCGUGAUCGUCGCAUGCUCUAUGCGACUCCGCACUUUUCAUAUUAUAAUAUGGAUAUACCCCAAAUCCGCUCUCUCGUCAAUAUUCAGUUUACAUAUCUGUGGUUUUGUGAAGUCUCCGACAAAUAUAAAUGGAUUAUAUUGUAAUGUAUCUGCGUCUAAGUGAAACAACCUUAAGGUGAUGUGACAGAGUAUGUGACUGAUAUGUAAUUAUAUACAAGCCUAAUAAGAAUUGUUUAUGAGAUAGGUUUUAUAUAUUCUUAAGAUGGAUCGUUAUGUGAUUGCGUGCUUCCCUUAGUGCUUAGUGUUUAGUGUACCGUGUGACUGAUAUAUUCGGAGCAUGCUGAUCAAUACGUUCCUAGACACGGAAGAUUUCGUGCAUUUAUAUUACCCUGAGGAUGAGCCACCCGCGGCCCAAGGUUGUGCAGCCGGGGCCCGAAUGGCAUCCAAGUACCCGAGGCCGCCUUCCCCGGACUAUAAGGAGGUAUCGACGCUAACUGCGACGAGCGAUAUGAGUGAGCGGGAGCGUGAGCGGCGAGGUGCGCCGCCCGAGCCGCCGCCGCAUCGUGUACGCGCCGCUGACUUGUAUCCGCGCACGCGCACGCAUUACGACGAGCCAGGUCUAGAGCCUGCGCUUGCACCGAUAUGUGGCGAGUUUGUGCAGUGGGUGGGACGUACGUCAGACGGUACGAUCGCCAUGUCCAACUACCGCCUUCACAUACACACGCGUCGUCGCGGCGGCUCCGGCCUCUCGGUGCCUCUGAGGCUCAUCGAUGUGGUUGAGAUCCGAGAUCUGAUUACGCUCAUCAUUUUGUGCAAACAUGGAAGACAGCUCAAAUGUACGUUCAACGCGAGUGAACAAUGUCUGGAAUGGUGGAGGCGCCUGAGCACAUCUCUGGCCCCCAUCACUUCUCUGCAGGAAAUCUUCGCGGCGUCCUACGCGGCCUGGGCGAAAGAACAGCCGCCUUCCUCCGUGCACAGAGCGUUAGUCGACGCCUCCCAAGCGCAUAAUCAAUCACAUUGGUUCGGCUGCGAGUUGGAGCGACUAGGUUUCACGACGAAGGGUCCGUGGCGCGUGUCCGCCGUCAACGCGGAGUACAAACUCUGCCCCUCCUACCCUCCGCUGCUCAUCGUGCCCGCUUCCAUCGGAGACGAGCAGCUCGAGGCCGUGGCCAGGUUCCGCACGAUGCGACGCAUUCCGGCCGUGGUGUGGCGUCACAGGAAGACGGGAGCCGUGAUCGCUCGCUCGUCGCAGCCCGAGGUGGGCUGGUUCGGAUGGCGCUCCGGAGACGACGAAGGCCUCCUGGCAGCCUUCGUGGCCGCCUGCGAUGCGGAUCGCACAACUCCCAAAAAGGCCCGAAGACUGCUCAUAGUGGACGCUCGGUCGUUCACGUCCGCGGUGACGAACCGGGCUCGGGGCGGAGGUUGCGAGUGCGCCCAGUACUACCCUCUCGCCGACAUUCAGUUCAUGAGCCUCCCCAACAUACACCACGUGCGCAAGAGUUUCCAGCAGAUGAGGGACCUCAUCGCGGAUAACGAUCAGCCCAACUGGCACAGCGCUCUGGAGCGCACCCUCUGGCUGCAGUACCUGUCGGGGCUCUUGCGAGCGGCGUGCACGGUGGCCCGAGCCGCGGCCGACGGACAGCCCGUGCUCGUGCACUGCUCGGACGGAUGGGACCGCACGCCGCAGCUCGUGGCUCUGGCCCAGCUGCUCCUGGACCCCUAUUACCGCACCCUGGAGGGUUUCCGCACCCUCAUAGAACGGGAGUGGCUGGACUACGGCCACAAGUUCGCCGAGCGAUGCGGACACCAAGUGGGCGGAGAGGACCCCAACGAAAGAUCUCCCGUCUUCGUCCAAUGGCUGCAUCUCGUACACCAACUCAUGUUGCAGUUUCCCGUCGCCUUCCAGUUCAACGAGGCCUAUCUCAUAAAGCUGGCCACUCACGUGCACUCGUGUAUGUUCGGCACGUUCCUGUGCAACAACCGGCGGGAGCGCGCCUCGGCCGGAGACCCCGGCCCGCACGUGUGGCAUCUGCUGGAGGCCCCCGCCUACCGGAACCAUCUCUACUUCCACGACCAGGAGGAGCUGUGGCCCGAGUGCAGCGUGAGCGGGAUGCAGAUCUGGUGGGGGCUGUGGGGGGGAGGAGGCGCCCACGAGCCUCCGCCCGCCUCGCCCACGCCGCCCAGGCCCGCGCCCGCCCCGCACAACGGGGUCAUGACAAAGACGCGUUCGUGCGACAACUUGCUGAACGAAGGCGAGAAGAGAACUGCGCAGCGCCGCAACAGCGAUCCCAGCCUCGCACCCGACGCAAAGCUAUUGAUGCUGAACGGGAAAGCGGAGGAGGAUAGGGUCGGUAUAGAAUGUGAAAAAGUGUUGUCGGAUAGCUGCGUGGACUCUCUGCCUCCCUCGGCGACCGCCGUGACCCACCUGACGCUGGAUUUGCAGCAGGAAGAGGAGGUGGAGUUACACGGGAAUCACUUCCGCCCGCCGAGAGACAUCGCCAGCAACUCCUCUUCGUUGGAGCGAGAACUGUCUCUGGUCGCCGACAAGGCCGUUUCGGGCCUCAUCCUCAACGGCGUCGUGCCCGACGUCGCGGUCGACGUCACCGACGGAGGGUCGCCGGACACGGCAGACAGGAGUGUCUUCGACCUCUACGCGGACGUCAUCGAAAUAGCGGAUACCUCUAGAGAAGCCCGGACGCGGAACAUCAGCAUCACGUGGCGGUCCAUAUCCGAAUCCAGCAACCAGUCUUCGAACGGUUUCGACAUUCCGGAAAACUCGCCGCAGACCAGGUUGGAACCCGUCGCGGCCCGAUUGGAGAGAGCGAUCGACAACAGGAGUUCCUCCGAGAGAGACACUCCCCCGGACGACAGAAAAUUGUCAGACUCCACGGAGGACGACGCGGCGAACCACAACGUCGUGAACGGCAACACUAAUCACAACCGGGAAAGCGCCGGCAACGGAAUCGUGAACGUCGCGGCCAACUUUCUGGAAGUGGAGUUGAAUGGCGUGGUGUCGUCGAGCUCCGAGAGCGAGGGCGAGGGGCGAGCGCGAGGGGAGGGCGGGCCGCGCGCCGGCCUCGUGUCCAGCCAGCUCACGCUGUGUCCCGCUUCGCCCGGGCGGACCUUCUGCCGCUGCGGAUCGGAAUCGGUGCCGAACGGCAUGUGCUGGUGCGGCGUGUGCGGCACGGGGGCGGCCGCCGGAGCGGGGGUUGCGGGGAGCUGCGUGUGCGGGGAGGGGACGGAGAGAGAGGCGCGGGGGGAGAGAGACUCGCUCGACGGUUUGCCUCCGGCUGACGACCCUCUGCAGGCUCGACUACAUCAGAUAAUCCUCUACCAGAAGAAAGUGGUAGAGGAGCUGAACGUCCAGUUACGAUCGGCUCACGAGGCUUUGAGGAGAGCGUCGCCGGCCUCCCACGCGCCGCCGCCCGCCCGGCGCCGGCCGUCUACGCCGGAACCGCCCAAGACGGUGAUCGGCAGCAGCAGCGGGGGCAGCGGCAGCAGCAGCGGCAGCGCCUCGGAGGUCGAGGUGGGGGAGGAGGCUGGCGGCGUGCUCUGGCUGCCGGACAGUGCGGCACCUCGUUGCCAGCACUGCCGCAACCAGUUCUGGCUCGCGAGGCGGCGCCACCACUGCAGGCGUUGCGGAGGCAUCUUCUGCGGGUCCUGUUCCGAGAUGAGCUCGUGGGGCGACGUGGGGUCGGUGCGCGUGUGUCGCCGAUGCCGCGCCCUCAGGUGACCCGGCCGCCAGUCUCUCGUCACCGUUCACCUCUAGACGAGCGCGAGAACCUUUCCAUCCGCCGACUUCGACGUGCCGCCUCCCGCCGUUAGAGCCCUCGUCUCGGAUCGCCACCAGUCGACGUUAUUGUUCCGUGUCACGUGACCUCUCCCUGUCGUUUCGGGCGAGUGACGAACCGUCGGGCCGACUGUAAUAUUCAUUCAUAAAUAAUUCGUCCUAUCGAUUAAUGGAAAGUACCUCAUUCGAAAGCAAUAAUAAUAAUAAUCCAUUACAAAAUAGGGUGUGGCUUUUUCAAUUUUGUACAAAUGUUUCGAGAUAGUGUCGCAUGUCGGAAAGGAAAGCUCCGGGAUCGUUCUUUCGUUUGAAUAUUGACACGUUAUCAUCAUAGGAUCAGACUCUGUUCGCGAUUCUCACGCGACGUGACUUCCUACGUAUCGAUGAUGGCAAGGGCGAGUGCCGGGAGGCGGGGCGGAGCGGGGUGGAGCGGGGGGAGUGGGGCGCCGCGAGGCCACUCGACUGAUCUUGACACCGUGGCCCCGCCGCGUGAUUCAGUUUUCACCGAGACGACUCUGACUAUUUGUUUUCUUUUUGUACAAAAUAUUUUUUGUUGUUUAGUUUUGUAAAGUUAUUGCUCGGCGACCUUCGGCCCCGAAGGGAGUCGUCGGUCCGUUCGGACGGAUCGCAAGUGAUCAAUUGUAAAUUAAUUUUCGCUUUGUACAUCGCGUUAUAUUAUUAUUAGGACGAAGCCGAGGUAAAAAUAAUCUCCGAUGUGAAACGGUUCGACCGACCGUGGCGUGGAUUAUAUAUUUUGUCGAGAAUUUGCGAUUAUUUUAUCGCUUUUUGUGAUAUUGACGACGAUUUUGUAUAAUAUUAAGAGUUUAAUAGGAUGUUAUUAGAGGUUAAAUUUUACUGGUCAUUAUUUAAGCGUGCUCGUUGAGUUUAUGCGAAUUAUAAUUGUUGACGUUUCCAGAAUGACACAGACCCCGAUGAAUUAACUUUCAAAACAUUGUUAUGAAUGAUUUCGAUGAUGUAAUGUGUGAACGAAGGAGGGGCGCUCGCCGCUUUAUGUAUAAAUCGCGUUAAUUUAUUUGUGAACCGUCGUCACUUGCAUAUAUUUUAUAUUGUAAAUGUAAAAAAAAACUCCGGGCGAGUGUCCCCUUUGUCUCGAUGUGACCAAGAAAUAUUGACGAAAUAUGAAAUAAAGCGUAUUUAAUUUU